AUGUUUCAUGUGGAGGAUAUUUCCCAGGGCGCUAGCAAUCCUAGCAGCGCGGGAUCCAGUCUCCUAGGUCUCCCAGGUCUCCUUAUUCCCGCCGACGCAAGCCAAGUCAUUAGCCAUGGGACUCGACAGGCCCAAGGUGAAACCUUUAGUGACUACAUGGUUCUUCAUUGCGUUUCGCUGCACAAUAGGGACGCUGUAGCGUUGGGCAGUGGAAGUGGUUUUUACUGGCUUGGGCAGCCCCUAAAUUGUCGUCUGGGUGCAUCUGCCAGUGCACAAAGCACUGAUGGCAUGCCGGAUAUGAACCUACGCGACGCGCCUGAGGAGGCGACUGCUGACUCCGCGACGGAUUACACGCCGACGGAGACCAAACGCGGCAUGGCUUCGGAAUCAGCACCGCCACAAUCUUCUUCAGCUGCAGGGCGGCGCCAGGAGGAUGAAAAUCACCCCGCCGAAAGCCCAUCCUCCCUGCACCGACAGAAGCGCCGCCGCAGCAGCAAGCGACGAAGCAACAUCGCCCAGGAGAGCGUGUGGGCGCGUCUCAGCCGAGAGAGCGGUUUCACCGCGGCCUUCAAGAGCAUGCGUGCAUUGCAAAUGGCGGCUUUUGGCCCGGCAGGUACACAUGCCGGCCGCAGCGGUUCCCGGCCGCGAGCUCUGCCCCAACGGCCAUUCAGCGCCCAACCAGGCAGCGGGGGCCUCCGCCCCUCGAGUGCCGCUGCCGCCGCCGCCGCUAGCGGCGGCGGCGGCAGCGCCAGCAUCCAGCGGCCCGCCAGCGCGGCCGCCGCCACGUCGUCACACCGACUGCCAUUGCGACGAGUCCUGUCCUGCCGGCCGACAUCAUCGUCAUCCCGAGGCUCUCCUGCGGCGCAGCUGCGGAGGAGUAUCUCAGCCUCCAUGGGGGAGCCCUUGGUGCGGCGGCAGACGUACACAGGCGGAAAUCCCGAUUUGGGGGAAUCCGGAGAGGUGUCACCGUGGGACGGCGGUUGGGAUGCGGUUGGUGAUCCCGGCAGCGGCGGCGGGGGCCGCAGUCCUGGUCCGCCGUCGCAGCGAAAGCGAUCUGGAGAACUUGAUAUAGCAACGGCGGUUACGGACUUUGAGACCCAAGCCGAUGGCAGCGGCGGCGGCACUGGUGGGGCCGCGGCAAAGGUGUUGGACAAGAUCCGUCGAGCUGCUCAUAAGCUCAUGAGCCGUCCUAUCGGGACAAGGAAAGUCAGCUCCCAACCCGGCGGCAGCGGCGGAGAUGACGGCCCAAACGUGGUAACGCCUGGCGGCGGGGGCGGCGGUGGGAAUAGCGGCCGGCGAGCCGGAGGAAACGGCGGCGGCAGCAGCGGUGGCGGAGAUGGCGCUAGAACCGGCAGCGGCAGACAAGGCAGCGGCGGAGCCCCGCUGGACAGCCUCCGCCGCCUGGAUAGCCGCCGGGGUAACGCUAGCAUCUUCGUCAGUGGCACGGGCGGUGCGGAUGAGGGGAGCAAAGGGGCGUUAGGCUCCAAAUUCUCGACCGCAGCUUUAGCCGCCGUCGCGGCCACGAGCUUAGGUUCGCAGACAGGUACUGAUACCUCCCGUAAGGCCUUGGAAGUUCGUUCACAUGGAACCGAUCUCGUAGGCGCCCUGAAAUCCGUUGGCAGCGGCGGCGGUGCCGUACAACACGCAGCGCCGCGGCCACCGCCGUCGGAUCGAUCUUCCAGGGUCAGCGGCGCCUCGCUGCGAAUGCCGCGGCGGAGCGGUUCGUCCAAAGUUCGACGUACGGCAACAGACAAUGAUACGGAAGCGGAAGGCAGCGGCAGUGACAAGGUAGACGACGCAGUGGCGGCGGCGGUGGAGGCGGCGGCGGCACGCUGGUCGAAGGACGGCCCGUUCGGCGUUCUGCCGCCGGAAUGGUGGUUGGCGGAGGGCUCCGAGCUGUACAACGACUUCGACUCGUGGAUGAAGGCGAUUCGCGAGAUGAUGUCGGACAUUACCGGAUCAAUCUCGAGCGUGCGCACCCGGCUUGAGAGCUUCCGACAAACCUCCCUGGAGUUUGAUCCACUGAACAGCUGCCAGGGCGCCACUAUCAGCAUCACCCGCAGCGCUAGCAACAGCCGCAGCAUCAACAGCAGCAGAAGUUGCUCCCGGCAGAGCUCGAUGGUGGAACGGCAACUCUCACGACAACCGUCGCGGCAGCUCUCUCGGCAGGUUUCUAGACGGGACCAGCAAGAUGCGGCGCCCGAGGCGAUUCGGGGGCAACUGCAACGGAAAUCGUCAAUAAACCCCGGUUCAACUCCUGACAAUGGCAUGGAUGAAAAACUCUUCAGCAACGCUAUUUCGAGCCCGGCUAAUCUCACCGCCAGAUCCUCCUCCCCAGGUGCCCAUCAGCGUCAGAAAGUCAUGUUGGACGAUGACCUGGACACUACCGCUGAAACGGGGCCAGAGAGUCGCCGGGUGGGACUGCAGUCCCACGGGUCGCAACCCCUGGGUGUGCGCAAUGCGGUGCAAUCGCAGUUCUACCUGCGAGUGCGAGCCGGCCUGGAAUCAAAGGCCAUGCUCAAUGGCAAGAAGGGGAUACAGUCCCAUGGCUCCAAUAACGAGCGAGGUCCGCCACUGAGCCGCCUUCCGUCCAAUGCACGCCGUGGCACCGCCUCGCGAGGCGCUGUCACCGUCGCGUGGGCGGAGGAGCCGCCGCCGCCGGUGACGACGCCGCCGGCGGCGAAGCCGCCGGAGGCGUUAUGGGCGACGGCUGCGGCUGCCUUCGCCGCCGCCAUCACCCCGCGGACGGCGCUCGAGAAGCUGUUGGGCCGCCGCGCCGCCCCCCCGGACGCUCGCACUAAGCCUGAGGCCGUGAGCUUGGCAAUGACGGUCAGCGGAAUCACUUCGACACGCAGCAACACCUCCACGUUUAGUCCCAACACGACUAGCAGCGUUGGAGGCGGCGGUGGCGGCGGCGGUAGCGGUAGCGCUCGGAAGCUGCUUAGACAUGCCAGCGGCAGUGACGGCAGCCACGGCGCCCCGGGCAACAGCGGAGCUGCUGGCGGAAGUGGCGGCAGCAACGGAGGCGGAGGGGGACGCGGUAACGGAGGCGGCGGCGGCGUCGGAACCGCCGCCGCCGCCGCUACCACCUCCGCCAGCGCCGGCGGCGGCGGCGGGGGCGGCAGGGCCAACGCAGCGUAUGCCGCCCUUGACCUUCGGCCGCCCUGCAUCGGCGCCGGGAACCCAAGCUGGCGCCGGCGGCGGCGUUGCCGGUUCCAGAGCACCUCCGCCAGCGGUGCCGCCAGAGCUUCAGCGAUUGAUGACGCCGCCUAUGCCAUGUACGACAGCACUAAAUACUGCCUCCACUGCCGCUCGGCCCGACAGCGGUCCUGGACUCUGGGCCCCAAGCCCUCGUCUUGCUGCGGCCCCAUCGAAGCGGCCUCACCCGUCGAUGUUGGGUGCUCCGGAAUUCUGACUGUAAGCUCCGUACCGUUGUACUGCACAGAGCGCAAGCCGUCGAGCAACGGCGCGGCAGAAGCUGUUAGUCCAGGAGCUCCCGGGGGGCCGUACUUCUUGCUGAUGACCAGGAUAAAGCGAGGUGCUGGAGAGAAAAAAAAGCAAUUCAUUGGAGCAGGGCCAUCCAUUCCCCCCCAGAUGGUUCAUUGA